UCAAGUCUUACUUCACUGCUAUUGCUUACAUUGAUUUGCUCAUCAUAGGAUUACUUUUUCCAAGAACUGUGAGCAAUUUUAUUAAAAGAAUCACUUUGGACAUUUCUUGAGUAAGAAAGGAGAAUCUUAAAAAAUCUCACUGUAACUCAAGAUGUCUGAUAAUGCUGCAGCUACUACCCUCAAUGCAAAAGAAUCAACAGGGCCAACUACCCCACGUAAGGGCCCUCCUAAGUUCAAGCAAAGGCAAACAAGACAAUUCAAGAGCAAGCCUCCUAAGAAAGGCGUAAAAGGUUUUGGAGAUGAUAUUCCAGGAAUGGAAGGACUUGGAACAGAUAUCACUGUGAUCUGCCCCUGGGAAGCUUUCAGCCAUCUGGAACUUCAUGAAUUGGCACAGUUUGGAAUAAUAUAAUCACCCAAAAUUCCUGCUUGGCUCUGAUGGCAUCUGAAGCUCUUAUAUUCACUACAUACAAUUCUCGUUUUCAUCCUUCCAUCUAAAAUAUUAACAUUUUACACAGCAGAUGGUUUUGUAAAUAAGGGUCAGCAAUGUGAAACUUUGGUCUUGGAUUCAUUUUUCAGAAAAUUAUGAAAGUCUGCUGAAGUAUUCACCAGGUUAAUCAGCUAAGAACCUUGAAAGCUUCUGUUUCCUAUGAAAUAGCUUGCAUUUUUUGUAAAAUAAAAUUGUUAAUAUAGAAUUUUGUAAUCUAGAAUUCCUCAAGCAUGGAUUCAUAUUUCCUAAUUUUGUACAUUUUGUGUUCUGGGCAUAUACAUACAUACACACACACACUCUCCUUGAUUUGAGCCCAUGCAUUGAACUCCCCCGUGCAUGUCGGCAAAUUUGAUAUGCUAAUCUCAAAAUAAUUCCCUUGUGCUAUUGCAUCUCU